UCGCGAGGUGCGAGGAGUGAACAUGCGCGCUUCCUUCCGCGGCUGCCUGAGUGAGAGUUCGGUUUAGUUAAUCACAGCUUGCCAGGGAGGAGAUACAACAAAGUUGCAAAGACUCACUUACUCAGUACCGAAUGAACAAGAAGCCCGGCCACACGGCCUCGUCGUCGUCUCGGAACUCGGAUCGCAUCGCAGCCGGAGAAGCACACAGCGAGUGAACGAAGUCGUCUUCGCCAGCGUCUGAAUUGAUGUGAAUGGAACGGAUGCAGCAGCAUCCAUUGUGGAGAAGAGCGAAAGCUUAGAGUGCUGCCUCCCAAUUACAAUAAGUGCACCUGAUGAGGCGAAACAAAGAGUGAGAAGAAAAGUUUUAAUUAGUGAGUGUGUUAUGAGCACUUUGAGUUGGGUAAAUAUUACCCUCAUGAUUUGAUAUCGGAUUUCUGCGGGAUCGCAAGGCGCUGCUGCGAUUGUUGUGUGUGUCAGCGAAACAAGUCCAGGUAACCACCGUUCUCCGCAGCAGGAUGGUGUAGUGUUUUAUUUUUUCCCUUCAGAAUAUCGGAUGCUGCGAAGGAGAAAUAGUGGUGUUGAAUAGUUUUCCGUCGAGAGUUUCAGUAGCUGCAGAGCAGAACUAAUCGAUUACUACCGGGUGCUUCCAGAGGAAGGAAUAAAUCUACUCGCUCGCGUGGAAGCAAGCAGGGGUGCGCCGAAAUGGGUUGUGAAUUAACGAAAUUAGCCAGUAGUAAUGGGAGCAGCUCCAAAGCGAACAAUUUGCCCAGCCUGGAUGCCUGUGGACCACCGCCGACCGACAGUCGGUUACCACUCACUGCCAAACAGAAGUACACGAUGGUGGCUUCGUGGAAGGGCAUCAGCCGGGCGAUGGAAACCACCGGGAUUUAUAUGUUUAUCAAACUGUUCGAGGAACAUGCGGAACUGCUGGAUAUGUUCGCCAAGUUCAAAGAGCUCAAAACGAAAGAGCAACAGGCCACAUCGGAGGAGCUGGCGGAGCAUGCCAACAAAGUGAUGACCACGCUGGACGAGGGGAUCCGCGGGCUGGACGAUUUAGACACGUUCUUCGAAUUCAUCCAUCAGGUGGGCGCCUCCCAUAGGCGGAUCCCCGGAUUCAAACAGGAAUACUUCUGGAGAAUAGAGGAACCCUUCCUGUCGGCGGUAUCGACUACGCUGGGCGACCGGUACACGCAGAACGUCGAGGGUAUCUACAAGCUGACUAUCAAGUUCAUAAUCGAGACGCUGGUCGCAGGGUUCGAAUCAAGUGCCAACAAUAACGAGAACGUCAACAAUGCGAAUCUCUCGUCGUCAUCGGCGGCGGGGGCGACGACUAGCGCAGACAAGAAGACCUCUUGAACUACGUAAAAUAAUGUUGCACACGGACGAUAGGUCACACGAUAGUGAGGCAUGCCCAGGUGUAGUAUAGAUCCGAACAACAACAACAAAAACAAACAACCAUCGUUAUUAAGAGAAGAGUGAGUUUGGGCAAUGUGGCGACAUCGUUAUUAUCGAGACACAAAGAAAGCUGGGUUGAACAAACGAAUUGUUAGACGAUUAGCAACAAAGUGGAAACAAAAUGGAGCACGGAGGGCUACUGAAGAAUCUGUUUUGAAAACAAAAAAUAACCCCACCUCCAAUCUCUCAUUUUAAUACAGGUGAAACACUCACACUGAUACUGAUACUACACCCACUCAAACAAACACACGUCAACAUGUUUUGUAUACAGCUUCAAUGGAAGCAAGAUUGUGCUGGACACUCGAAAGUUUUUUGUAUGCAUUUAAACAUUUUAACAGGAAUAUAUAUGAGCAGCAACAGAACAAAAACAAAACAAGUAGCCAUCAACAGUAGCAGAAACGAAUAGGCUUUCAACAAACAAAAAAAAAACUGUAUUUUCAUAGAGACCAUAACUAGACAACAAGCCUACAAUUGAGCAGUGAGGGGGGAGAGAAGGGAGGAUAAUAAACCAGAAGAGGAGGAAAAGAGCGCCCACGACACCGCACUCAUAUCCACACAUCUUCGAACGUUCGUUUUGUAUCCUCCGAUAGCUGAUAGCGAGCGAGUCGAGUGGAGCCUGAAGGUAACACGGGAACAGUAUUAGCAGAAGCCCCGGCAGCGCAAUGAAAGCUUUCCUAUUGAACAAACAGAGUUGCACAGGGGUUGUGAUGUAGGUGUGGUGCGGGGAGAGUGGCAGCACACAUAAUAAUCGGAACACAAAAGGACCUUGAAAUGAUGGUGGGAAAUGGUUGGGAAAACAGUAGCAUUUCCCCCACGGAACCAACGAAGAGCAAAAGAAAGCGAAGAAAUUUUAGUUAUUUCGAGCGCGAAGGUAAGAAAGUUUCGACUCGCUUUGCCGAGAGAAGAAGAAGAGGGAUGGAAUCUGAGAAAUGUGCUGAAAAAGUGCUGAAGGGUUUGGUUAUUUCGGUUUAUUGUUUACAGCUGGCGACAAACUCUGGAACAGUGAUUGGAGGGUGGAAACUCACGGCCAUAAUUUGUCAGCACCAUUCAAGAAAGUGAUCAUUAAUCCUCUUACACAAUGCUUCAACAACAACGACUGGAGUGUUCGGAAUGAGUUGUUUAAUAGGCUUCCUUAAAGGACAAACCGCGCUUCGCUUAAUCGGAAACUGUGACGUAGCAUUUUGAUAGAACAAAGUCGCCAGCGAUAGUCAAUCUUAUCAGUUUCAGACAUCUUCAACUGACUCUUUCGGCGGGUACUAACGGCUGAAGUACAACGCGCAAAUGAUAAGCAUCUAAAUUCUGCUCCGUUCAUUUUCCACUAUCUUCUUGCUUACAAACGAACAUUGACGUAGGCAACGGAACGAUCAAGCUUUAAAAUUGCUUCAGUAACGAAUCGAAAUUACCGCCUGUAAGCAAUUAUCGUUUGGGACAUUGAUAGCCAUUUCACAAUAGCUUUUAUAUACGAUUUGUUCGUGACUUUCUGGACGCUGAUCACAGUCUUAGCUAUACCGUAUUUCUUUGAAUGAGGAAAGAGAAAAAUCCUCUAAGUAUAUUUGGGGAGUGAAAUAGUUGUAUGAUGGUCAAUUAAAGACACCUAUAGGAGAAGUGUGUAAUACGCACCCCCUAAGCGAGAAUGGAUUUAUCUUGACCGUGCUCUCAAAAUUUAAGGUAACAACUACGUCAGUACGUAGAUUAGUUAACCCUCAGUCAUCUGUAAUCUUUCUGUAUUUUAGAUACUGAAUAACAAAAGUGCUAUGAAUUUUAUUUUGUAAGGCGCCCAAAUUCUAAAUUCCUAAUCAUACGGUGUUAAAUGGCCCAGCAGAAGUAUAAUAUGCCCAUGAGUUGUUUCUCUCAGAGACUAUAAAGCUCAGAGAAACAGCUUGUAUGAAUGAGAAAUUCCAUCAAUCUAUUCCCUUCGUGCCCACCAGCGAAAAGAAGAAACCGUUUCUCCGGUGAGCGUGUUCUCCCAGUAUUCGUGCAUUAAUUCUCCAAUCCGCGCUCUUGUUUUCCCGCAAUCUCUGAGCACAGUUUUCGUUUUGAAGACUAUUAAUUUUGUGAAAACAUACAGAGGUCAUUUCAAGGUAUGUGAAAACAAUUGUUUGUGUGAUUUAUCGAACAUGAUUUGGAAAUAUCGUGAUGGUUUGCUCAUUUUUGUUCAUUAUGAUUACAUUUGAAGACAUUUAUUCGUGCCAUGCAGAGAUCUUUGAAAAAAUCGUCUGGCAUCCCUCACAUACAAGCUAUUUCUCUCGUGAGAAUGUUAUCCGGCCGAAAGCGAGCAAAUUGCCCCGAUCAAAGGUUUGCCAUACUGCCCGAUAGUAAGCUGAUGCGGAAAAUAUCAAAUUGAGAAGGAAAUGAAUCCUUUUUUACCAUUUUCUUCAUCUGAGAUUCUUGUAUAAUUGAAUAAAACACGUCUUGGUUGAACAAAUGAACAAUUACAAAUGAGGUAUAUUUCUGAUUAUUCUAAUGACAUAAAUAAUCCUAGCUUACUACGACCAUUUCCGUUUCUACAACAACACUCCUCCUAAACGGUUACGGUCAGUCCAAUCAGCUUGGCUAACUUCUCCAGUCUAAUGCGCUGCAAUGGUUUUGUCAUGAGGUCUGCUACCAUAUCUUCAGACGGGCAGUAGACACACUUCAUCUCUUGCUUCUCUAUCAGGUUUCGAGUAAAAUGAAACUUCGUGGCUAUAUGUUUCAUCUUCCUCGUUAGCUUCUCUUUCUCCAUAAUCUUCAGGCAACUUUGGUUGUCUUCGUGGAUUACUACUUGCUGCUCAUCGUUCAGCUCUUGCAGCAGUAACUUCAACCACAGAGCUUCUUGUGCAGCCUCAGCCAGGGCGAUGAACUCUGCUUCAGCGGUUGAUAGGGCCACACAGGUUUGUUUACGACAAGCCCAGCUCACCGUUCCUCCAUUAACCUUGAAAGCGAAUCCGCUGUGUGAUUUUUCGGUCAUCUCGAUUUUCAGCCCAGUCAGCAUCCGAAUAACCGAUGAUGGUUCCGGUUUCACCCUUCUUGCUCAAACGUAGCCGAUAGUUGAUCGUCCCCUUGAGAUACCGCACCACGCGCUUGAGUUCAUUCCAGUCCUUUUGGGUGGGAUGAUUUGUUUUCCUGCUCAAGAUGGAUACAGCAGUCGAAAUGUCAGAUCGUGUGUUUACAGCUAUAUACAGGACCUUCCCAAUCAGCUUCUGGUAUUCGGUGUUGCUAGCUAGUGGGAUCCCUUCAUUCUCGCUCUUGAAGUAUCCUGGAUCCAACGGAGUUUUGGCGAUCUUGGCAUCCGUCAGUCCGCUUUACUCCACGACUUCUCGAAUAUACUUCUGCUGGCUCAAGAAGUAGUCUCCGUGAUGGUCCUUUUCGAUUUCCAUGCCCAGGUAAUAACGGAUGUCACCCAGCUCGCUGAUCUCGAACGACCUCUUGAGACUUCCAACAAGUGCUGCAAUUAUUUUCGGAUCUUCACUCGCUAUCACCAGGUCGUCAACGUAUACGAGCACGUAACACCAUCGUCCAUUUCGCUGCUUCCGGUACAAACACGGAUCGGAUGUACAUCGUUGAAACUGCUGCCGCUCCAACUCUUCAUGCAGUCGUUGGUGCCAUGCCCUCGCCGCUUGUUUCAACCCGUACAAGCUUCGGUUCAGCCGGCAUACCUUGCGCUCGUUGCCUUGCUGUACGAAUCCGCUUGGCUGCCGCAUGAAUAUCUCCUCCUCAAGAUCGCCAUUCAAGAAUGCGGUCUUGACAUCGUACUGCUUUACGGCCAUCUUCUUCUUCGCUGCGACUGCCAUCAACGUGCGGAAAGUGGUUUGCUGAACUACCGGAGCGAACACUUCGUCGUAGUCCGAUCCAUACUGUUGGCUGAAACCUCGGGCAACCAAACGAGCCUUGAAUCGAACCACUUCUCCGUUGAUGUCUCGCUUGAGCUUGUACACCCACUUGCAUCCUACAGCUUUCCGUCCUGGAGGGAGAUCAGACAACGUCCAGGUCCUGUUGGCGUGAAUCGACUCCAAUUCCUCCGUCAUAGCCUGCUUCCAGUUCUCCGCGUACGGCGAAGCCAUCGCGUCCCUGUAGCUCUUCGGUUCAUCCGAUGCAGCCGAUCCAUGGUUCGAAUCCAACGCCAAGCAUUGAUGGGGACCGUCGUCCUCAUCACUGGAAUCCUCGACGUCUCGCGGUUCAUCGGGUCUGACCUGUGGAUUAGGAUUGACGGGGAGACCUUUGCUCUGAACGUGAAAGUCUUUAUACUUGCCUGGAAGUAUGUGCUCCCUUCCGCUGCGCCCUAACACCUGUGACCGAGGUGGAUUUGAAAAUUUUCGCGGAGGGAGCACAGUCACAUCGUCAGAGUCAGUAGAGGUGUCAUUGUCGUCUUCGUCUUCUGAGAUUUCCUCUGCGGUUUCAUAUGCAGCCUCAUCGAACUCUUGAUCGGUAGGAACGGCCAUCGAUGGAACGCUUCCGAAGUCCACCGGAACCACAGUUCGUUGUUGGUUUGCUGGAAGUCCCUUUUCGCCGAUGCACUCGUCGAUGAAACACACCUCUCUGCUCUUCAGGAAGCACUUCGUCUUGGGAUCAUACAAACGGUAGCCUUUUGUCUCCUCCUCAAAUCCAGUCAAUAUACACGGUCUCGACUUAGGAUCCCAUUUCUGUCGUUUCUGUUUGGGCACUUGCACCAUGGCCUUCGUUCCAAAUACCCUGACAUGGGAAAUGUCCGGUUUCCGUCCGCUCCAAACCUCUUCGGGAGUCAAGUCAUGCCCACGUGUCGGAGAUCGGUUCACGAGAUAAACCGCCGCAGCCGUUGCCUCUGCCCAGAAGGAUUUCGGAAGAUUUGCCUCGAAUAACAUACAACGUGCCCGUUCGGUAAUCGUCCUGUUGGCACGCUCCGCCAAUCCGUUCUGCUCCGGCGUAUAAUCAUUGGUUGUUUGGUGCCGUAUUCCCAUUUGUUUCAAGAAAUUCUGAAACCCGUUAUUGGUAUACUCCUUACCAUUAUCUGUUCGCAGGAUGUUUAUCUUCCGCUCGCACUGGCGCUCCGCUUGUGCUUGGAAUUCCUUGAACCGACCAAGGACCUCCUCUUCAGAUUUUGUCUUCAAGAAGUACACGAAAAUCUUCCGAGAUCGAUCGUCUAUGAAUGUAACAUAAUAACGGCUUCCAGAUGGUGACGAUACCUCCAUUGGUCCUGCUAUAUCUGAAUGGAUCACUUCCAGUAAGUCCUCUGCUCUCGAUCCGCUCUUGCUAAACGGGAUACGGGUCUGCUUCCCCAUUGGACACACAGUGCAAUCGCUACGGUUUUCGCUUGAAAUUUGUAUUCCGCUCGCAACGCCAUUCGCCAGCAUCUUCACGCUGUUGUAGUUGAGAUGCCCCAUCCGCUUGUGCCAGGUUUCUACAGAUGCACUGGCGGAGCUCAACAUUGCUCGACCAGCUCUAGGACCAGCCUCUUCCAACUGCGCCAGCUUGAAUAGAUCAUUCUCGAUGACUCCGGUUGCCACCAGCUUACCUUGAGGAUUAUAGAUCUCACAGCCACUGGAUUCGAAUACAACCUUGAAGCCCUUCUUCACAAUCUGCACCACCGACAGAAGGUUUGUCGACAGAUCAGGGAUGAACUGCACAUCGUGUACUGGAAUCUCGGUUCCGAUGUCCUGGCACGCUGGAUGGAGAGUUGCCGUACCACAAGCUUCGAUUCUCAUUGUUUCUUUGUUGGCAGCAACUACGACUCCGUUUCCGCUACACACGUCUUCCAGAAGUUCCAGAUCCCACGUCAUGUGGCGAGUCGCUCCCGAAUCCAGGUACCACUGGUUCUUCUCUUGACUUUGAAUCGUCGACAACACCGUGCAAAAAACAUCUGCUUUCUUGCUUCCGUUUCCUAAAUUCUCCGGGCAGAACUUCGCGAUAUGGCCAAACUUGCUGCAUUUUCUACAUUACGGGCCUUUUGACUGUGCCGAGUUUUUCUUGCUUUUUCCGUUGCCUUGGGCGACUUCCGUUUUUGGUUUGAACUUACCUUUAGCAACGAACGCUGUAUUUCCACUUGGCAACAGCUCUUCCUGCAGCAAAAUGGUCUGUAUCGAGUCCCCCGUUAUCGCUGUUCCGAGUUCUUCAGAGCCAUGACCAUGGGUUGAUACCGCUCGGGAAGUCCAGCUAGCAGAAGAACACCUACAAACCGUUCCGGGAUCGUGAAUCCAAUUUCGUUUAACUGGUGGCAUGUCGAGAUCAUCCUGUUCGCGUAGGCUUCCAUGGUUCCGCAAGAUUCCAGGUCGGUCCGGAUCAGCUUGUAAAGCAGACCAACUUCCCGCGUCAGGCCACCUUCCUCGAACGCGUUGUUGAGCUUCGUCCAAGCUUCCCGAGCUGUUUUUGCGUCACGUACAUGGUAAAAGUUUGCCGGCUUAUCCUUGACGGGAUCCACCGCUUCCAAACUUCCAUCUUCCUUUUUCAUCGGUUCGAUAGCUUCCCAAAGUCUUCAACCUCGAGAUACGUUUGUACGGCGAAUUUCCAAGUACUCCAGUUCUCUCUGCCGAACAGUCGUUCAAUUCCGAGAUUCGAAUUGGCCAUUUUCAACUUCGUACUGGGCCCAAAACCUCUUGUAUAGUUGAAUAAAACACGUCUUGGUUGAACAAAUGAACAAUUACGAAUGAGGUAUAUUUCUGAUUAUUCUAAUGACAUAAAUAAUCCUAGCUUACUACGACCAUUUCCGUUUCUACAACAACAGAGAUAUUCAGUGGGAACUCGACUCAAUAACUAUGACCCACAUUUAUCGCCUCUGAAUCGGUUUUGAGCAACAAAAACCUUAUAGAUAUGAUGGAGAAAAUUACAUCGAAAAUCGCUUCCUAAGAAAAUUAUUUUUCUAAAUUUUUUAAAGCAUGUUACAAAUGUAAAACUUGCAUGGUGGAAUUCUAUCAUUGACUAGCACGAUUGCCUUUAUCCAUUGCAUUUCUAUUCUUGCUGGUUUACGAGAAAAUCAGACGGGUCAAAUUUUAAGCUUCGUUAUUAUAGAAAAUGAAGGUUGAGUUUUCAACCGAAUACGCAGACGAGAGUUUUUCUGACCAGAAGAAAUAGGCUGCGGAUAUAGGCGGAGGAAUGUUUUGUGCAUGUAUUCAGUUCAGUUUACAUACGACAAACUAGAUAUUAGAGGUCAUUUUUACUUCGCGCCAUUCCAUUAGAGCCUCUAAGUCGUAUCUGGUGCAUUUCUAUUAAUUUUCUUUGUAUCUUUUGCUUUUUCUGAGUUUCGAUUCAAUCUUGGGUCAAUACUCUCUGAACAACUUCUAUAAGACCACCCUGAUUCUAUUUCGUUGCAACACAAACAGUUAUAAUUUCAACAAGAUACGUUCAUGCAUUGUAGAAUGCUUAGAAUAAAGUAUAUUUAACGUCAAUUUCGUUCAAAAGAGUUAUGUGUUUGUUUUUUGUACUUAAAUAUGAUUAUUUCAGCUGUUCAAUUUCUAUAAGACCAUUUCAAAAUUCAUAAGUAUUAUCAAUGAAAAAUUCGAAACGAUCGGCUGAUUUACAUGUCAAUAAUUGGCAACCUUGCCAUUUCGGCUAAUAACCUGGAAAACUCAUGUUGGCAUACUAUUUACCAAAUUCUGCUGAACGGAUUUCUCGAUAUUUUUCCAUGUUCGCGAUAUUGCGACCUUGAGUUCUUCAAUCAUGGUGUACCGCUUUCUCUCAGUGUAGAUUCUGCGUACAAGGAUCCCCCCAAGAUUUUCAGCAGUAUACAAGUCUGGAAUGCGAUCCGGCCAGUCCAAAAAAAAAAAAGUUUUUGGUCCUUAAUACAUUUGUUAGUUUACUUGCCUGUAUGAAUAAAUAGUAGCACAUAGCAGUUUUGCUGGAAUGUGAAUUCUAUGUGACGAUAUCCACGCAAAAACGGUAGGAGAGAGGAUUCCAGAACAUGUAUGUAAUCCUUGAAUGAUGUGAAAGCUAUCUUGAGCUUUCCGGUUGCACAGAAUCCCGCCCAAACUAUGUACGAGCCUCCACCAAACUUCCUGUUGAAAAAUACUGUUCCUCCUUCCGUAACUCACGUCAGUACCCGUUGAAAACAUCAGGACCAUCCAAAUUGAACUUUUUUUCAUCAGUGAAGAUCACCUAUACAUUGAAGAACUUUUCGUUAUGGUUUAUAGCUAAAUGUAUUCUUUUGGAAACAUUCUUUAUCACAACAUACUAUGUCCUAUGGUUCAUUGGAGCUUUGGAAAAACUCAGACGUCUUCCGAUGUGAGAUGGUGUAAAAUUGGAAACUUCAACCUUUCAAGUCCUCAUUAUGUGAGGACUUUUUACGAAAACAUGACGAAUUGUCACCCGAGUAGCAUUUAAAUUCAAAUAUUGCUUUAUUUGCAUAAGCGAUUUUGAGGUAUUCUAAGCUGUUCUAUUUCCCGCUUAUCCUGGUCAGAGAGCUUCGAUUUACGUGGAGCUCUCUCCUUCUUACCGUAUCCUUGAAGAUUCGUCAAAUAAUUGAGCACUGCUUGAUGGGAUCGUCCAAUUCAACGAGUAAUAUCACAUUUUCUUCAUUUCUUCUCUCUCCGUGAGCACUUUUCCCUUCGGAAUUUUCCAGAUUUAUUGAUCAAAACAACUAAAACAACAGAAAAUGUAACUGGUCUUAAGCUUGUUUUAACCCUUCACAAUCAAGACAAGUUCACGCCAAUAUUUGCGAACUUUUUCCCCAACCAAUCAGAACGAAGCGCGGGAUCUCUUGCGAAAGAGCGAAAGAGUAUAGAACGAGAGAAAAUACGAGAAAAAUACGAAUUUGCGUUACUUUGACAGUUUCCUCGGCCCACAUCAGAAAUAUAAUGGGUGUGUCACAUCAAAUUGCAUCACGGAAAAAACGCUGUAGAAAUUCGCCCAGUAGACCGAUCCUUUUGAAAAUUUUAGACAGUAAAAUAAAAACUAUUAAACAACUUUUGGCAUUUUCUUUUUAUUCAUACUUCGAGCCCAAGCCCGUAUGCUCGCACCUUCCUCUUUACCCCGUCCAUAAGGUUCUGUACAACGUCAGGUUGUAGUUUUUUUUAACAGAAAUCCAUUUUCUCUUGAAGUCCGCCUCCGAUUUGACAACUUUUGGGUUCUUCCGGAGGGCCUGCUUCAUAAUCGCCCAAUAUUUCUCUAUUGGGCGAAGCUCCGGCGCGUUGGGCGGGUUCAUUUCCUUUGGCACGAAGGU